AUGGAAGGUGAGUUCGUAGUGGAAUCUCGGACAGUCAAUAAGCUCAUUCUGGCAGCAGCACAUGGUGGUGAUAUCUCCAAAGCCAAGCAUUGGUUUGAGCGGCUCAUUCUUGAUUUUGAUCUCAAGCCAGAUGUUACCAUUUUCACCAGUAUGAUCACAGCUGGUGCCAAGUACGGAGACGUCGAAUUCGCAGAAGAGUGGUUCGAAGCUAUGCAGUUCUAUCAGGUUUCGCCAACUGUUGCAUCGUACGGCGCUGUAAUCCUUGCAGCUGCCAACGCACAAGAUCUGGCUGCAGCAGAGAAGUGGUUUGGGAAGAUGGAGGAACAUGGUCUGCAAGCCAACCAGAUCAUUUUCAAUACGGUCAUGAGUGCUGCAGCAAAGGCUGCAGACGUAGCAGCUUGCGAAGCAUGGUUCCACAAGAUGAAGGAAGCGCUUUUUGUUCCGACUGAGGUUGAGUUUACCACCUUAAUCAAUGCAGCCAAAGAAGCCGGCAAUUAUGAAAAGGCAUCGGAAUAUUUCAGUGCCUUCCGUCAGCAAGGGCUCCAUCCAACAGACAUCAUAAUGGAUGCCCUGAUUGGCGCAGCAGCCAAUGCAAGACAGCCUGACGAAGCUGUAAGGGUGCUUGAACAGAUGAGGUCUUUCAAGGUCACGCCUUCGCAUAGAUGCUACGGCACCGUCAUGAAUGCGUGGUUCAAGACGAAAGAUGCGUUGCAGGUAAUGAAAACUAUGAGACAGAUGCAAGAAGCCGGGUACAAGCGUAGUGUUGUGGACUACACCAUGACCAUGAGCACGUUGAAGCAAAGCCUUGGCCAACAGCGCUACCAGGAGCUUAGCCGGGAGCUUUUCUUGGAAAGACGGUUCGACAAAGUCACAAGCCAAUCCUGA